AUGUCUCAUAUCGACUCCCCCGGAAACGGCAUCUUCCCCAAUGGCCCUACCAUGCGUCAACCAUCUCUAUCCUGGCUCUAUAGACUAGAAUGCUCGACCGAGGAGCACGAGCUUGGAGCUCCCCACAACGGCGAUACCAUUCGCAGCAUCGCAAAUAUCGCAGGUGGCAGUCUCAAAGGCCCCGGAAUCGAGGGCGAAAUUCUAAAGCUGGGAGGCGCGGACUGGGCAACAGUUGUGAAGGGCACACAUUCUAUGACUUUAGAUGCCCGGUACACUGUUCGUACUUCCGACAACUAUUACCUCUACAUUCGCGCUCACGGCCUGUACCGUCCAGGACCGGGGACAGAAUAUGCCAGAUCGGUCGAGGAGAAUCCGCUUUUUGUUCCGCCUGCGACUGUUUCUCAGGAUGAUGUGGAAUUCUUCUCUCACUUGCGUAUUGAGGCUGGGCCGGGCCCGUAUAAUUGGUUGAAUGGAUUGGUCUGUUUGGGGGUCAUGUGCUGCCAGGACGAAAAGAUCUGGAUUGAUGCGUAUCAUUUGACCAAUUUCCCGGGUACCAAGCCUGAGAAUGUUGUAGCUAGAUAG